AUGUAUACAUUGCCGGAAACAUCUUCACAGCCUCCUUCCGUGGUCGCUUUUGAACUGGUCGCGGUUGCCUAUAUCACGUAUCUAUUUGUCUCGCAUCUCCGGCAUCCCUUAUACAAGUUUCCUGGACCAUUCCUCGCAUCUUUGAGUAGUAUCCCACAUUGCCUGAGUUUCCUUGGAGGCAGACAGCCAUAUGAUCGUCUUGCGCUUCACGAAAAGUAUGGACCGGUAGUCCGAACUUCGCCCAACGAACUCUCGUUCAGUAGUUCUCAGUCAUGGAAAGACAUUUAUGGCUCUAGACCAGGACAUCAGCUCUUCCGCAAAGCCCCUUUCUAUGAAGGUGCGAGUUUCGAUGGAAAGACCCUCUCGAUCAUCAGCGAGACAGACCCGGCAAGUCACAAGAAGAUGCGAGCGCAGUUGAAUACUGCCUUUUCGGACAAAAGUCUUCGUGAUCAGGAGAGUUUGAUCAACGAGCCUAUCGACCUUCUUAUCACCCAGAUCGGAGAGAAGGGUGAUGGUCCCGAAGGCAUUGAUAUCGUUAUGUGGUUCAACCUAAUGACCUUCGAUAUCAUUGGUAGCNUUAGACGCUUAGCAAAAGACUCGGAUCGGCCAGACUUCUUGACGCGCAUUAUUGAGAAGAGUGAAGCGAACUGCAUUUCCGAUACGCAAAUCGCUGCGCAUUCCUCCGAUUUCAUGUACGAAGAUAAUUCUCAAACGCAGAAGACAAGGUUGUACGGCAGGCUANAAAAGGAAGUCCGCAGCGCUUUCUCCAGCUACGAGCAGAUCAACUCUAUCUCGGCUUCGAAAGUCAAACUUGUCAAUGCGAUUUGUCUCGAGGCUAUGCGCAUGUAUCCUCCGCUUCCAUUUGCUCUGCCUCGAGUGGUUCCUCGUGGUGGUGAUAGCGUCGAUGGCCAUAUGAUUCCUGAAGGUGUAGGUCAAACUCAUUCAGCGAUCUUCAAUGUGUCUGCAACGGUCGAUGCUGAUGAUUUCUGUCCAACUACAGNNAUCACCGUAUCCACGAAUCCCUUCGCCACAUCCAUGUCUUCGGCCAACUUCAAAGACCCCUUCAAGUUCUCAGCAGACCGCUGGUUGGGUAAUAACGAAGAAGAUGAUCUGGACGCAACUCAACCCUUUUCAUACGGGCCUCGCGCUUGCAUGGGACGAAGCUUGGGAUGGGCAGAGCUCAAUAUCACGAUGUGCAAGUUGCACUACAAGUACGAUCUGGAACUUGUAAACACUGAUUUGGAUUGGCUGAGAGAUUCGAAGAUGCAUAUUGUGUGGCAUAAACCGGCAAUGAUGGUACGCGUGAAAGCGAGGUCGCUGUAG